AUGGUACCCGUGCCUCGGAGGUUGUCUUGCUUAUCCAAAGCUUUGGGAUGGUGGUCUCGGCAGUCACUCUUGAUGACUCAGUCUACAGCUGUAGUCCCAGUAAGAACUAAAAAACGUUUCACACCUCCUGCUUAUGAACCCAAAUACAAAACAGAAAAGGAGUUUAUAGAAUAUGCCCGGAAAGCAGGAUUGGUUAUUCCCCCAGAACGUUUGGACCGGCCCAUACAUGUGGCCUGUACAACUGGUAUCUUUGAUGCUUAUGUUCCUCCUGAGGGUGAGGCUCGAAUGUCAUCUCUUUCAAAGGAAGGACUGAAACAGAGAACUGAGCGAUUGAAGAAAAAUGCAGCAUCACAAUUGUCAAUCCGGAAGAUAAAAGAAUUUGAUGCUAAUUUUAAAACAAAGGACUUCCCUGAAAAAGCUAAGGAUAUUUUCAUAGAAGCUCACCUUUGUCUAAACAAGUCAGACCAUGACCGGCUUCACACUUUGGUAACGGAACAGUGUUUUCCGGAUAUGGUCUGGGACAUCGAUUAUAAGACUGUCCGCUGGGGCUUCGUGGAAUCUUUAGGGCCGGCCCAGGUGGUGCAGGUUCGCUGCUCGAGUUUGGUGAACCAGAGCAACAUGUGUGGCCAGGUUACUGUCUGCAUGCACACACGGCAGACUCUAGCCAUCUAUGAUCGGUUUGGGCGGUUGAUGUAUGGACAAGAAGAUGUGCCCAAGGAUGUCUUGGAGUAUACUGUGUUUGAAAAACACCUGCUGAACCCCUACGGGAGCUGGAGAAUGCAUGGCAAGAUUGUUCCCCCAUGGGCACCCCCUAAGCAGCCCAUCCUUAAGAUGGUGAUGAUUCCUGGCCCCCAGCUGGAACCUUUGGAAAAAUGUGAAGAGGCACAAAGAGAGGACCCUAAGUCUCAGCUAGCCUGA